UGCUGAACGGAGGAUAAACGGAUAAUACACGGAUGUAAAUAAAACGUGCACUGCAAGAGAGAGAAAAACGCAUUUGGUGACUGCGCAAAACAGAUUGACUCUGGAAGAAUAGGAAGCUACACAGCACGUUAACUUUUCUACCGGGUUCGAGCUGCCUGGUUGUGAAGCUUGCUGAAGGUUGUUUCUGUUUUUUUAAACGGUUUUUGUGAUGGGGGCAGUGGGCGAGGUGGGAACCUUGUCCUCACACGGUCUGGAUAGCUUCGGACAUGGAUCGCAUUUUGUCCUGACGCCCGCGGGGGACACCACCGGACUGAUGAACGAGCACCUUGUGUCUGCCGAGAGGCUGUCGCGGAGCACUCCGUCGGAUCUGACGCAUCUGAAGGGGAUUCUACGGAGGAGGCAGCUGUACUGCAGAACCGGGUUCCACCUCGAGAUUCUUCCUGAUGGCACAGUGCAAGGCACCAGGAAAGACCACAGCAGAUUUGGCAUCCUGGAGUUCAUCAGCUUGGCUGUGGGGUUGGUGAGCAUCCGGGGGGUGGACAGUGGCUUCUACCUCGGCAUGAACCACAAGGGACAACUCUAUGGCUCUGAGAAGCUGACAGCCGAGUGUGUCUUCCGAGAGCAGUUUGAAGAGAACUGGUACAACACGUACUCGUCCAACCUCUACCGCCACGGCGACCGGGGAGCGCACUACUUCGUGGCGCUCAACAAGGACGGCACGUCCAGGGACGGCACCCGCUCGCGGCGACACCAGCGCUUCACCCACUUCCUGCCCAGGCCCGUGGACCCCGACCGGGUACCGGAACUCUACAAAGAGGUCCUGGGACACAGCUGAGACCCAGCGGGGGGUGUGAGGGCGCUUGGCAACCAACACGCUGUGUCUCUCAGUACUCUCCUGUGAAGGGUCUGCAUGUCUUCAGUCUUCCCUAUGGCUUCCUAUGGAAUCAAAAUGGAGGACGGGUCACCUGGUAGCUGUGGGAGGGAUACAGUGAGAUGUGGUGCCAGGCUUCGGGGUCUGCGGUCCGCAUCCACCCUCUGCCCUCCAGUAUGUAGCCCCAGGAGAAAGGAGGAUAACUGUUGAGGGGGGGGGGGUUUGGGGGCAAGAGAAAAGCUGUUUUUAUUUUGGGCGCAGUGUUGGAAGUUGAAGAGGAUCGGGUGAGGGGAUCACCUCCGGAGCUGCUGAUGUGAUCUUUUUUUCCGGAAGGUUCCUCUUUAACCUUAGUUGCGCAGGAGUUUCUGAUUGGUUGAUGAGAUGAGUUGAUGAGAAGAACAGAAGUUCCUCCAGUGGAGUGUAGACAUUGUUUUCCUUUGUGGUACCCCUAGGUGGACUGUUCCGAUGGAACGUUCUAGAAGACUUGUGAAGGAAUUCUGUUCCGUAACUUCUGUGGCUGCAUUCUCUACCCUGACACAAGCAUGGAUGAGAAAAACAAGACUUACAAAAAUAACCUUCACCUGUUUCUGUUUUUUUUAUUUAUGCAUUUUUCUGGGACAUAUAUUUAUUUUAUAUAUUUAUUUAUUUUAAGAAUAUAUUUUUACAGGUAUACAUGAGAUACUGAAAAGAAGCCAUGAGAGAUUUAUUUUGUGCCACCGUGUAAAGUACUGCAUUUGAUGUAUCCUUUCAAACUGACUGAAGAAAGUAUUUUCCUAUGAGUUUGUAUUCAGAAAGUGAUAAGUGUAAAGCCGCAUUGUCACUAUUCUUGAGCUUGUCAUCAUCUGGGCUGUCCAUGCUUCUCAGAAAGGGCCUGAGUUCCACUGGGUUCCAGUGAAGAAUAAACCUGU